AGGCCAUCUCCAAUUCAUUCUGCCACUCCUCCGCUGCCUUAACCCCAAAGCAAUGGCGGCCUUCCAGCCCCUGGUUGCCUCACGUGCCCACCUUUCCCCGCUCCUCCCCGCCCCCGCCGCCGCCGCCGUGGCGGCCACCUCCUUCCACCGCCGCCGCUUCUCCGCCAUCGUCGCGGCGGCGGCCGCCCCCACCGUCACGGAGUUCGACUUCAAGGCCUACAUGGGGGAGCGGGCGGUGGCCGUGAACCAGGCGCUGGACGCGGCCAUCCCUGCCGGCGAGCCCCCCGCCGCGCUCCACGACGCGAUGCGCUACGCGCUGCUGGCCGGCGGCAAGCGCGUGCGCCCCGCCCUGUGCCUGGCCGCCUGCGGCGUCGCCGGCGGCCGCGAGGCCUGGGCCAUGCCCCCCGCCGCCGCGCUCGAGAUGGUGCACACCAUGUCGCUCGUCCACGACGACCUCCCCUGCAUGGACGACGACGACCUCCGCCGCGGCAAGCCCACCUGCCACGUCGUCUACGGCGAGCCCAUCGCCGUGCUCGCCGGCGACGCGCUGCUCUCGCUCGCCUUCAAGCACAUGGCCGACGUCAGCUCCUACCCCGCCGACGUCGACGCCGACAGGCACGCCGCCCGCGUCGUCCGCGCAGUCGGCGAGCUCGCCCGCUGCAUCGGAUCAGAGGGCCUCGUCGCCGGCCAGGUUGUUGAUCUAGAGAUGACAGGCUCAACUGAAGCUGUACCGCUCGAACGCCUCGAGUACAUCCAUCUCCACAAGACUGCUGCAUUGCUCGAGGCCUCGGUGGUUAUCGGCGCAAUCAUCGGGGGUGGCUCCGAUGACCAGAUUGAGCGGCUGCGCAAGUACGCGAGAUCCAUAGGGUUGCUGUUCCAGGUGGUUGAUGACAUCCUUGAUGUUACCAAGUCGUCCGAGGAGCUAGGGAAGACGGCGGGGAAGGACUUGGCGAGCGACAAGACGACAUACCCCAAGUUACUAGGGCUGGAGAAGUCGAGGGAGUUUGCAGAGAAGCUGCUUUCUGAUGCAAAGGAGCAACUUGCCGAUUUCGACAAGGAGAAGGCAGCGCCGCUGUUGUACUUGGCCAAUUAUAUCGCCUAUCGGCAGAACUGAGCUAAGGUGAUGGACUGAUGGUUAUUCUGUUGUUCAUCGUUGAUUUGUAACUUUGUAAGGUCAUUAAGUUUGGAAUUUCUGGAAUAUCCAAAUCCUUCUUAUAUGAUAUAUACUAGAUGUAGUGUUGUAGAUGGUGUCAUGAGAAUAUUUAGUUGGCAAAUGCCAGAUGAGAAUGUUUAGCUGGCGAAUACCGAUAUCCCUUUGAGAUAGACAAGACAUUAUAAUGGGAAUCAGCCUUUAUGUCGUA